GACUUCAUCCAGAUAAUGGACGGCUUUUAUUAUUGUGUGCAGUUGCAGAAAGGAGCAGAUGGUCGGAGUCGCUGGAUGGGAUCUGACCUGUGCCCGACUUCCCAUACUAAACAUUGUUUUCAGAGCUGAGCCUGAAUAUCGCCUGCUGCUGUUUACAUAAGAAGUCACUUUCUGUAAGUGGCAGCCAGAGGAGAAAGAAGAUCUGCAGCAGCUCGUCACACUUACAGCAGAUCUAAGGGGUGAUUUGUCUCCACAGAAGCAGAUCAGAGAUGGCAUCUUUGAAGAUAUGGGACCAACUGCAGGCUGGCAGCUCAGAGGUGGACUGGUGUGAAGACAACUACAAAAUCGUCCCCUCUAUCGCCGAGUUUUACAAUACGGUCAGCAACAUUUUGUUUUUUGUUUUACCACCCAUAUGCAUGUGCCUGUUCCGUCAGUACGCCACCUGCUUCAACAGCGGCAUAUAUUUAAUAUGGACCCUACUUGUUGUGGUUGGAAUCGGGUCAGUGUAUUUUCAUGCAACACUGAGUUUCCUGGGACAGAUGUUGGACGAAUUGGCUAUUCUCUGGGUGUUAAUGUCUGCAUUAGCAAUGUGGUUUCCAAAAAGGCACCUGCCAAGAAUCUUCCGACAUGACAGGUGGAGGUUUAAAGCAGUAGUUGGUGUUCUUUCUGGAAUUACAACAGUCUUGGCAUUCAUCAAGCCUGCAAUCAACAACAUUUCUCUAAUGACACUUGGAAUACCCUGUACAAUCUUACUUAUCACAGAGCUUAAGAGGUGUGACAACAUGCGGGUUUAUAAGUUGGGUCUGAUGUCAGGCUUUUGGUGGACCUUAGCAUUAGUCUGCUGGAUCAGCGACAAAGCGUUUUGUGAAAUAUGGUCUCAUUUCAAUUUCCCCUACCUCCACUGUGUAUGGCACAUUCUCAUCUGCCUGGCUGCCUACCUCGGCUGUGUCUGCUUUGCCUACUUCGAUGCAGCAUCUGAAAUCCCAGAGCAGGGGCCCGUCAUAAAGUUCUGGCCCAGCGAGAAGUGGGCUUUUAUCGGAGUUCCCUAUGUCAGCUUGCUUUGUGCCCACAGAAAGUCACCUGUGAAAAUUACAUGAAUUCCAGUGUAGAAGCUUGAACUUGUUUUUUUUUUUCACUUCUGAAAUAUACCCACACUGGAAACUAUUAGAUAUAUAUGUUCUUUGCAGUGUGUCCAGUAAAGGACUAAUUAUAUGUCUUUGUUUGGUCGGAACCUUAGCUGCUGCCAUCUUGUGGAACAAAGAAGAACACAUUCUUUUUUUUCUUCCUCAAGCUCAGUUCCUUUAAGACACACAACAGCUCCUAUUUAUUGGUACAUUUAUACAUGUUUUAUUUUCUACAAAAAAAAAAAAUCUAUUUCUACAAAUCAACUUUGAAGUGCAAUCUUGCAGAAAUCUGCAUGUUGGAUAUCUGCUAAGAAAAGAACACGCUGCUGUGCUUGUUUUAUUCUAUUGAGGGCUAUUUAUAUUUUUAUAUAGUGUUGCUUCCAACAAGCUUCAUCUAUAUGAUGAGGAUAUGUGAUCUAAAGAUAAUCCAGGGUGGCUGUGGGCUUCAAAACAUACACUUUAGGUGUUAAGAGCUCUUAAAGUGCACUGCCCAUUCUGCCAAACUCUGCCUCCAAUGUGUUAGCUUGGCAAUACUAGGAGGGGAGGUUCAAAUAGAAGGGUGAGCCAUACGUCCACCUAGAGCAGUAUUGUGAACAUAUUAACUAGGAGUGUAGGUUUUUAAAUUUACAAAUGUUUUGUAAGGUUGAACUGUCUAGAAUGAGAAGACUGACCUUCAUAGGUGAAUUUAUGUUUAAGCUUAUAGAAUUGGACAUCUUAACUGUGUGUAGCAACACAAUAGGGUAGCCUGUACGAUGGGCCUUUUAUACAAGUACAGUUAAAUGCAGGGUUUCCAAAACCCACCACUCCUCAUUUCCCAGGCGUUUUUGUAUUUACGAAGGUCUGAAACUUUCAUUACACUGCUCCACUGGAGUUGAAGGUCUUGGCAAUUAAGUAUUCAGUGUUACUAUGAUGCCCAGGUAAGCGGUAUUCUGACAAUUACAAUUAUGUCUAUUUAUGCUUUCAUUAUUUGUGAAUAUCUAUAAAAAUAAAAGUAUUAAGUUAUAAA